AUGCCGAGCCCGGACGCCGAGCCCGGACGCCGACCACCGGCCCGAAUCCCGUUUUUACUUCACACCAAACGGCUUGUUUCCAAGAUGCGGCAGCCGAAAGUUUUCUUAACUGGAGUUUCUGGUUACGUUGGAGGGCACUUAUUUGUACGACUCGUUCAAAAACACCCAGAGUGGAACUACUCAGUUCUCGUUAGGACAGAGAAGCAGGCUGUCGACAUUUUGGCUAAGUACCCAGACAUCGAGGUCGUAAUUGGUGACUUGGACAACAAAGAUAUCCUGGUCAAGGCUGCUUCGACUGCAGAUAUCGUUUUGCAGCUUGCAUCAGCUGAUCAUCUUUCUGGAGCUGUGUCUUUGGUCGAAGGCCUCAGCCAAGGGCAGUCAGCUCCGGGGAAACUGAUCCAUAUUUCCGGAACAGGAAUGGUUCUUGACGUCUCCAAGGGAUUUGGCGUUCUUAGUGACAGAACAUGGAAUGAUGUCGACGAUAUCGAAGAAAUUUCAUCCUUGCCGCUUGAGGGACACGUACACAGAGACGUCGACGAAGCUGUCCUCGAGGCUGGCGAACGAUUGCACGUGCCAGUGGCAAUCAUCUCGCCCUGCACGAUUCACGGCCUUGGUCAAGGCCCUCUGAAGAGCAUGGGCUUCUCUGUUGGUGGAUACAUCGAGAAGGUCAUAGAUCGGGGCAGAGGUUUUCAAGUUGCAGAGGCUCAAAAUCAGUGGCAUCAAAUCCAUAUCGACGACUGUGCGGAUGCUUUCAUCCUGCUUGCUGAAGAAGCAGCAAAGCCUGAUGGAGGAAAGGCGCAGUGGGGGCGUAAAGGAUAUUACUUUGCUGAAAGUUCGCCAUAUGAUCUGAAAGACAUAGCCGAAACGGUUGCACAAGUACUUUAUAAGCUAGGGAAGAUCAGCUCACAAAGAGUUGACAAAUUGUCAGAGCAAGAUGUGUCCGCUAUCCACCCCAUUGGACAUUUUGUCUGGGGUGGUAAUUCCAAGGCCCGAGGGGAUCGUCUCCGCGCUUUGGGUUGGAAGCCCACCGGACCAGAUAUAUUAGCAACCCUGCCAGAAGUAGUGAAGCUUAUAGUGAAGUCGAAGGAGGUGAAGUCUACCAUCAUGUAG